AUUUCCUCUUUCCAAACUCAAUCUGGACGAUCACUCGCUACUACCCGCACCUUCCGCCGACAUUGUUCAGCGUCAUGUUACGACGAUCAUGGAGAUUCGCGAUUUUCUGCGCGGUCCUUGCUUUGAUCUUUGCCCUUCACCUGCCGACGCAAUGCCUGUCGGAUCCAAUCUAUCCGAGAAUCCACUCCCUCAGGGGGGAGUCCAGCUUCGACCACAUCAUGUCACUAUAUCGAGUAUGGGAGUCGAUCUACGGUUUGCACGCUGACAGCCUCCUCCCCCCCGCCAACGUCUCCCUUCCACCCAACGUGCCCCCCGCGCCCCACCUGGAGGAGUGUGUGGCGCGCACAGCCUUCCGCCAGGCCGCGGAGCAACGCGGGGCGAAUGGGGAGUCGCCGGAAUGGGCCCGCCCGCCUCACUGCUGCGGAUGCAACCCGCAACCUCCGUGGGUACGGGGUGCGGACGACGACAGCCUGGCGAUGACACGCGUGGCCCAGAGGGACCUCUGGGAGCACCAGUUUCUUGUGGAUGGGGACUGCGCUGGGAGGAGGCUGCUGGUUGUGCACUGGCCGUGGCAGGUUUACCACGGCGUGGGGUCCCAGUUGCACAUCAUGAGCGCGUUUCUGAGCAUCGCCAUGCAGCACAACCGAACGCUGGUGGCGGUGCCGGGGUCGUUUGGAAGAGCGCAAGAGCCGGGGUGUAAUGCCACGGGGAAGUACAACGAGUGGGAGUGCUUCUUCUUCCCCUUCGUAGCGGAGAGCUGCCAGCAGGUGGUGCGGCGAGCAAUGGAGAGCAAGGCGGUGGAGUGCGUGGGGCAGAAUGUGGGGGAGGUGGCAGCGUCAGCAGAGACAGUGGUGUGCUUUGCAAGCAUGCCGUACAUGGAGCUCGACAUGGAGGCUAGCGCCGCAUGGCGGUGGGGUGCGCCACACUUGGGUCAGCCGGACACCGUGUGGGAUCCUCCCCACACAGAGUCACACAAGAACAAGAUGCAGGUCCGCUGGUGGCGGGCUCAGGCAGUGCGCUUCAUGCUGCGCUGGCCCUCUGCCUACCUCUGCCACGUCAUCAACCGCGUGCGCCACUCCUCCUAUGGCCACCGCAUUGCAGCCCGCCUUGCCCUUUUGAACAGCACGCUUGCAGAAAUGCUCUGGGAGAAGGUGGGAGACACAGCAGGAAAAGCCGCCCCCAGCAACAUCAAGAUGUCUUCGCAACUUGCUGCCGCCACUUUGCCGUUCACUCAAGGAUCGUUCAAGCACGCCGAUGGGCUGUUCCCCUGGGUGUAUGGGGCGUGCAGCGGGGACGAGUGUGGCGAGGAGGGUGAGAAGUGGAUGGGGUAUCUGCGGGAGUUAUACGAGAGGGUGGGAGGGGAGCCAUAUGUGAUCCGGCCGAUUGUGAGUCUGCAUGUGAGGCAGAGUGACAAGGUGGAGGAGAUGCAGCUGAUGCCGCUCAGCUCGUACAUCUUCUACCUCAACCGACUCAGGCUCGCUGCUCCGGACCUCACGCACGUGUGGCUCAACACCGAGUCACAGGCAGUGAUUGAUGGCAUUGCCAAGUACAAAGAGUGGAUAUUUAUCUACUCCAAGAACUCUCGUCAAGAUGGAUCCAACAAGGACAUGCGGCACUAUGAUGACACGCAAUCCGUGGCUGUAAGCUUUGCGAGUGUACUUAUAUCUGCUGAGAGCGAUUACUUCAUCGGGACUCUUGGGUCCAAUUGGAGUAGAUUGAUGAAUGAGCUUCGCUCCACUACUGGACGCUUGUUCUGUCCGUUUAUUGCAAUGAACGACGGGGAAUGGUGAACAGGUCCUACGCUACUGCUGGUACUGUAAUCACUCGACAGAAGUGUUGGAAAUGAUAAAAGCAGACAUUUCCGGAGUCUCGCGUAGGUGCGCGAAUACGUGAAGACUGCAACAAAGAGGAUCACCGAGUCAAGCCCUGCUACAGUACCACUGGUUGUUGACGCAGGUUGACGACACCUCGCUGAGGUUACGAAAGGGGAACGGUCGCAAACCGUUGACCGUGCAACCCAACAGUCAGAAUUGCAAGAGUCAAGUCAGCUUGACAGCUGUUGGAAAUAUCUCAAAGGACUUGAGCGUUUCUGAAGUGUAACACUACACUCGAGGAAGAUCGCAACGGGUACGCGAGUCAACGGAGGUUACACGAAGGGGCGGAUAAAGAACGCUAAGGGACUCGAAGGGUCGCAACUGGAGGUUGCGACUGACCGUUACAACAGCGCGGAUGGUAACCGAAGCGACAAUCGAGUCGCUGUGCGACUCGAUAAUCGCUCCUGCAACUGUAUUCUACAACUGC